AGAAUUCGGGUAAAUGCCCAUAUCCAACAAGUAUUGCACUCUAAACCCCCCCCAUCCUUUAAACCCUAAUUUUUCCCAUUUUGCACCGUCAAUUCCAGUAUAAUUCUGAUUCCCUAUCGGACCGCUCGUCGUUGUUUUGCUCGUGUGAGAUAGGAAUACAGAGAUCGAAAGUGAGAUAUGGGAACAGAAGAUUCACUGAAGAAGCUAAAGAGAAAGAAAAAUACGAAGGCAAAGGGGGAAGAGGAGUUGGAGAAUGGGAGUUCUCAGCUUGCUCAAAAGGAAGGGGACUUUUACAGAGCUACCGAGGAAGACAAGAAGAAUAAGACUAAGAAGAAGAAGAAGAAACCUUCAGUGGAUAUCGCCAACAAAGAUGAUGCCGAGAUGUUUGAGCUGCCCAAUAACACAGCAGAUGAAACAAUUGAAGUAAGUGGAGGCAACAAAAAGAGUAAGAAGUUGAUAAAGAACAAAAGAAAGAAUAGCAAGAUAACAAGAAUGGGAAUUGAGGAAUUCGAUAUCCAGAGCAAUGAAGUUGACGAUAGCAUUUCUGGUGAAAAAGAUGUUCAAAAUGAACUGGCAGAAGAAAAAUUGCAGAUAUCGAGGAAAAAGAAGAAAAGAAAUGUUGAGGGUAUCAAAAAGGGUGAUGAACUCAACGAGAAAGAUGAUACGUCAGAACAGCAAAAUGAGGAAAUGGCUGGGAGAACAGAGUCUAAAACUCAACAUCAUAUUGCAAACUCUGAAGGAAUUAACAAGGUCGAUACAAGUAGAGGCUCCAAAAUGGGCAAGUCAAAAAAGCCUGGGAAACGUGAAAAGAAGAAACAGUUGGAGGCAAAUGAAUUAUCCCCUCAUAAUUUGCUGGAAAAGAGAGGAGAAGACACAGAAGAUGAAGUUUAUCAGAUGUCCUCAGGAGAUGAAGAUUAUUCAAAAGGAAUGAGAAAAUGGAUCACACAAUACCAUCAGAGUAGACCUGGGCUCAAGCUGCUGCAAGAAAGGAUUGAUGAUUUCAUAAUGGCUCACGAUGCACGAGAGGAGCAGGCAAGAGCUGAGAGGGAAGCCCAAGCUGCAGAAGGUGGAUGGACAGUUGUUGUACAUCACAAAGGUCGGAAAAAGACAACUGAUGCUGAGAGUGGAAUUGCUGUGGGUUCUGUUGCCCAAGCUGCUGUUAUAGACAAGAUGGCACAGAAGAAAAAGAAAGAAGUUGGUUUAGAUUUCUAUCGGUUUCAGAAAAGGGAAGCCCACAGAAAUGAGAUCAUGAUGCUACAAAGCAAAUUUGAGCAGGACAAAAAGCGGAUACAACAACUGAGGGCUGCAAGGAAAUUCCGGCCCUAUUAACUGGAGUUCCGGAUGUCAUUCCUGGAUUAAAGUUUGUCUUCAGCUAACCAAAAACAUCUCCGCUGGCCUGAAUCUUUCUUUUCCUUUCCCCCUUGCGUUUUACACCAUAAUUCCACACUGAAAGAGGACUGGCUCAGUGUCAGUUCCAGAUGUCCGUUGUACGUUACGUUUCAGCUUAAUUCUUUUGUAUACUUAUAUUUCAAAGUGAGUUAUAGAUGUGUAAUAUACUUGCUAAUGAAUUUGGAGGACAGAGUAAGAGAACUACUUAUAGCAUCAAUGUAGCAAACAUGUACACUAAAUGUAGACAAAUUGCAUGGGGAGAA